AUGGAGGCGCCCAAGGCGGAGACCAUGGUCCCAGUUUGUGAAGAAGAACAGCCUGCUGCUACUACAGAACAGGAUAUCAACCCCUGGGACGUUAAAGGUGCAAAGGAUGCGCAGGGAAACACCCUGGCUUUCGACUAUGUUGCUAUUUCAAAGAAAUGGGCGACUAAAUUGAUAGACGAUGCCAUUCUCGAGCGCUUUGAGCGCAUUACUGGCCACAAACCCCAUCGUUGGUUGAGACGCGGCCUUUUCUUCUCUCAUCGGGACUUCGACAAGAUCUUGGACAAGUACGAAUACGGCGAGCCUUUCUUCUUGUACACUGGCAGAGGGCCAUCCAGCGACGCACUGCAUCUCGGCCACACCAUCCCUCUCACUUUUACAAAAUGGCUGCAGGAUGUUUUUGAUGUCCCAUUAGUGAUCAUGCUUACUGAUGAUGAAAAGGCACUCUUCAAGGAAAAGCUCACCUUCGAGGAAACACACAAGUUUGCCCUUCAGAACGCAAAGGAUAUCAUCGCAUGUGGCUUCGAUUUGAAGAAGACCUUCAUCUACAGUGACCUGGAAUACAUCAAAGGCCCAUUCCUCACAAACGUCUGGGAGUUUUCAAAGCUUCUUUCAUUCAACCAAGUCCGCGGAGCAUUUGGAUUUAACGAGAGCACAAAUAUCGGUCGUAUCAUGUUCCCUGCUGUGCAAUGUGCUGCCGCCUUUGCUACUUCAUAUCCAGAGCUCUGGAGCGACAGACCAGCUACAGACCGAACAAAAGCCAUUGCAAAGAUUCAGUGUUUGAUUCCCAUGGCUAUAGACCAAGAUCCUUAUUUUAGACUCCUACGCGAAAACUGUCAUAGGAUGCGAUUCCCUUCUCCAAAACCAGCAUUGAUACACUCUCAAUUCCUUACUGCACUGCAAGGAGCCGGUGGAAAGAUGAGCGCCAGUGAUCCAAACUCCGCCAUUUUCAUGUCAGACAACCCCACCCAAAUCAAGAAAAAAAUCAACUCUUAUGCCUUCAGUGGAGGCCAAGCAACGGUUGAGCUGCACCGUCAGCUUGGUGGAAACCCUGAUGUAGACGUUUCUUACCAAUACAUUUCUUAUUUCGAAGAUGACGACGAAAAGCUUAAGAAAAUAGAGCAAGACUACCGCAAAGGGGAUCUUUUGACGGGAGAGUUAAAGAAAAUGGCUGUCGCCCUUUUACAGGAAUACGUUAUGGAGUUCCAAGAGCGAAGAAAGGCCGUUACAGACGAGGUGCUGAAUCAGUACAUGACUCCUCGGAAGUUAGAGUGGGACGGUAACCGCAACUCGAUCGCGUCAUCCAAUAGCAGUUAA